AGCCUAUUUCAUACAGUCAUCGAGCAGCGUCACACGUGCCAUGGGGAUCUCGUCCGAGACCUUGGCCUUGCAAAAUAGCGUCACUUCCGCAGCCAUCAUCGAAGAGUUUAAAGAGGAUGCAGCCUUUAAGAAGUUGGCCGAGCGAUUGAUGGCAGAGAUCAUGCGCCGGGACCAAGAGGAUGGCGACAAGCUGGCCAAGGGGAUCCAGCUGGCGGUCGACAAGAAGGUCUUGCCUGCAGAUGUAAAGGUUGAACCAACCACCAAAAUCAGCGUCUCCGGAAAGAGUGCGGACAAAGUCGCAGAUGAAAUUGUUGCGUCCCUGGGUGAUGCUCCCUCAAAGGGAUGUGUCAUGACGCUGCAAGGGCUGUCGGGCACUGGCAAAGGUACCACCGUAGAGAAGCUCAAGGAGAAGCUCCCCAAUGCGCAGACCUGGAGUAAUGGCAAUCUCUUCCGUUCUCUGACCUUGUUGGCCGUCACCUCUGCGGAGCAAAAGGGCUGCGAGCUCAAAGACGUUCUCACAGCUGAGGAGCUGGAUUCGUUUUGCAAAAUGCUGGAGUUCGGCAAGUUCAAUGGCAAGUGGGACGUAAAGAUUGAUGGCUUGGGCCAAAAACAUUUUGUCUCGGAAGUCGAGAAAACAGUUCUGAAGGAGUCCAAGGUUGCCAAAAAUAUCCCCACUGUCGCAGAAGUGACACAGGGAGAGGUCGUGAAUUUUGUGCAAAAGGCGCUGGCGGAAAUGGCUGCCGGUGGAACCAACGUGCAGCUCGACGCCCAUAUUCUUAGUGCCAUGGUUCUUGUCUUGUUCUGUAUAUUGAAGCUACUCUCAAUGGCCUCCAACCUACUAGCGAUGGCCUCCAACCUAAGGCACUUGUUUCUAAUAGCUUCUUGUUACUACUAG